AUGCAAAAUCAGAAAUUUAAAUAAGAAAUAAUUACUCUUAAGACAUAAAAAAUAACGAACUGCCAGUUGUAAAAAAUAUUUGAUUCUAAUUAAAUUUGCUUUAUUUUUUUCUCAAAAAAUAGUAAUUUAAAAAAGCAGAAGAAUAUAUUGGAUGUAAAGGUUUAUUAUUUUAAAUAUAAAUAAAAUCUUUUAUAUUAACUUAUGGGAAUUUCAAGAGAUAGCAGACAUAAGAGAAGACUUACAGGAGGUCGUAUGCCUAUUCAUAAAAAGAAAAGAGCAUUUGAAAAAGGAAGAUAAGCUGCAAUGACAAAAUUAAUAUCAGGAGAAAAGAGAGUUAGAAGAAUUAGAGUAAGAGGAGGAAACUUUAAAUUCAGAGCACUUCGUCUAUCAGAAGGAAACUUUUCAUGGGCAAGUUAAGGAAUUGCUAAAAAAGCAAAAAUAGUUGAGGUCCAUUAAUAUCCUUUACUUAUGAAGAGUAUUAGAUGA